AUGGAGGAACAGAUUUUCACUAGGAUAGCUCAAAGGUCAGCUACUAGUGUAGGUGCAAUUCAGGAAGAUCCAAAUAAGAAGUGUGGCAUAAAGAGAAUGAAGGCAUUAAGUGCCACCACAUUCGAAGGCACUACAGAUCCUACAGACAUUAAAGUUCGAGGAUGGUUUGCAGAAGGAGACUCUAGGAGAUAUGUUCCAAGUGUGACAGGUAAGAGAAGUUUUAAGCUUUGUCUCAGUGGGCAGUCUACCUCUAGAGGUAGUACAGCUGGAGGCCAACAAAGGCACGGACAGAGAAGAUUUAGUCAGCCAACAGAGUCUAUCAGUGUUUUCGGAUCAGGACAACUAGGAGAGUCUACAGUCAGUUCAGCUAGGAAACCUUUAUGUGCUACCUGUUUAAUUCCAUUAGAUUUGCAAGAGUUUGAUGUUAUCUUAGAGAUGAAUUUCUUGUCUAGGUAUCAUGCAUUCAUGGACUGUUAUAAGAAGAAAAUGGAUUCAGGAAAUAAGGAGAAGUUGAGGUGGCGUUCAAGGCUAAAGCCUGAAGACAUUCCUGUGGUACGAGAUUAUGUGCAUGUCUUCCUUGAGGAGCUGUCAGGAUUACCACCUGAUAGGGAGGUAGAGUUCACUAUUGACUUGAUUCCAGAAACAGCACCUAUUUCUCAAGCUCCUUACAGAAUAGCACCUAGCGAGCUAAAAGAGUUAAAGGUUCAAUUGCAGGAACUGGUGGAUAAGGAUGAUAUUUUUGUAUACUCAGAAAGCAUGAAGAAGCAUGCAGAGCAUCUCGGAGUUGUGUUACAAACAUUACGUGACAAGAAGUUAUAUGCCAAAUUCAGUAAAUGUGAGUUUUGGAUUGAUCAGGUGGUGUUCUUAAGUCACGUAAUGUCAACUGCAAGAGUUAGUGUGGAUCUUCCAAAGACAGAGGCUAUAGUUAAUGGGAAGUUUAGAAGGCUUACUUGCUCACUUUCAGGUGAGGCCUACCCUAGUAGAUGUAUUGUUAAAGAACAACCAGGAGAUCCAGUUCUCAAAAAGCUAGCUGAGGAGGUUAAGCCAAAACGUCAGAGACCAACAGAACUCUUAAAUCCACUCCAGGUGUCUGAAUGGAAGUGGGAACAUGUGACAAUAGAUUUUGUGUUCGAAUUACCGAGGACUUCUAGUAGAUUUGAUGGCAUUUGGGUGAUUGUAGACAAACUUUCUAAGGCGGCUCGAUAUUUGCCAGUCAAGGUAACAUUUGCUCUUGACAAGUUGGCUAGGCUUGAUGUAGACAGCAUUGUAAGCCAGUACAAAGCUCCAGUGUCUAUAGUAUCAGAUAGAGACUCGAGGUUUACUUCAAAGUUUUGGCCUAGUUUGUAA